UUAGGGCUAGCUUGACAGUGCUGUGAAGAUGGCGGCGUACAGUCGCGCUCAGCUGCUGCUGCUGUUGUCGUCCGUGUGCCUCUGCAGUUUCGGCUCCGUCCUCGGCUUGAAGGCUGCCAGCGGCCCGGCCGAGCUUCACAACCCGCCCGUCCUCAGACCCGCUGAUCCGCCGGCGAAGGAUGCACCUGCAGCCGCAGCCGCUGGGGCCUCACAGCCUCGAAGGGCGACCGGUUGGAAGCUGUCGGAGGAGGAGGCCUGCCGGGAGGACCUGACCCGCCUCUGUCCCAAGCACACCUGGACCAACAACCUGGCAGUGCUGGAGUGUCUGCAGGACCGCAAAGAGGAAAUUGAUAUUGCUCCUGACUGCAACCAUCUUCUGUGGAACUACAAACUCAAUCUAACCACAGAUCCAAAGUUUGAAUCUGUGGCCAUGGAGAUUUGUAAGAGCACCAUCACUGAGAUAAAGGAGUGUAAUGAGGUGGAGCGAGGGAGGGGCUACCUGGUGUCCUGCCUGGUGGAUCACCGUGUUAACAUCAGUGAGUACCAGUGUAACCAGUACAUCACCAAGAUGACCAGCAUCAUCUUCAGCGACUACAGGUUGAUCUGUGGCUUCAUGGACAAAUGCAAAGAAGAUAUCAACAGCCUGCGCUGCGGCAGCAUCAACAUAGGACACAAGGACAUCCACUCCCAGGGUGAAGUGAUUGCUUGUCUGGAGAAGGCGUUAGUGAGGGAGGUGGAGCAACAGGAUCGUGCUCAUCCAAUCAAAGAGGAGUGUCAGAAAGCGAUCCUGCGGGUGGCGGAACUGUCCUCGGAUGACUUUCACCUCGACAGACACCUUUACUUCUCCUGCCGAGAUGACCGCGAGAGGUUCUGCCAGAACAUUCAGGCAGGAGAAGGGAAAGUCUACAAGUGUCUGUUCAAUCACAAGUUUGAAGAGGCCAUGUCGGAAAAGUGCCGUGAUGCUCUCACCACUCGUCAGAAGCUCAUCUCUCAGGACUACAGAGUUAGUUACUCAUUGGCUAAAGCCUGCAAGCUGGACCUGAGGAAGCAGCGCUGCAGCCUGGACACCAGCCUGCCGCGUGCCCGUGAAGCCCGACUGUCAUACCUGCUCCUGUGUCUCGAAGCUGCUGUGCACCGUGGGCAUCCGGUCAGCGGAGAAUGCCAGGGGGAGAUGCUGGACUACCGGCGGAUGCUGAUGGAGGAUUUCUCUCUCAGUCCGGAGAUCGUGCUUCACUGCCGGACGGAGAUCGAGGCCCAGUGCUCCGGCCUGCACCGCAAAGGCCGCACGCUGCACUGUCUGAUGAGAAUCGGUCGCGGUGACCGGAGCAAUGCCAUCGACAGCGUCUGCCAGAAUGCUCUUCAGACUCUGAUCCAGUCUGCUGAUCCAGGAGGCGACUAUCGGAUCGACCGGGCACUCAACGAGGCCUGCGAGUCCGUUAUCCAGACUGCCUGCAAACACAUCCGCAAUGGAGACCCAAUGAUCCUGUCAUGCCUGAUGGAGCAUCUGUACACAGAGAAGAUGGUGGAGGACUGUGAACACCGCCUGUUAGAGCUUCAGUAUUUCAUAUCCAGAGACUGGAAACUGGACCCCAUCCUUUAUAAGAAAUGUCAGGCUGACGCCGCCCGCCUCUGCCACACACACGGCUGGAACGAGACCAACGAGGUGAUGCCACCGGGUGCAGUCUUUUCCUGCCUCUAUCGUCAUGCCUACCGCACAGAGGAGCAGGGAAGACGGUUAUCUCGGGACUGUAAGGUGGAAGUUCAGAGGAUUCUCCACCAGAGGGCGCUGGAUGUGAAGCUGGACCCAGAGCUGCAGAAACGCUGCAUGACCGACCUCGGCAAGUGGUGCAGCGAGAAGACAGAUGCUGGACAGGAGCUGGAGUGUCUGCAGGAUCAUUUGGAGGACUUAGUUUCCGGCUGCAAGGACGUCGUGGGCAACCUGACAGAGCUGGAGUCAGAGGACAUCCAGAUCGACGCUCUCCUCAUCAGAGCAUGUGAACCCGUCAUUCAGGCACACUGCCACGAUGUAGCUGAUAACCAGAUCGACACAGGCGAUCUGAUGGAGUGUUUGGUUCAGAAUAAACACCAGAAGGAGAUGAAUGACAAAUGUGCAGUUGGGGUUACACACUUCCAGCUGAUUCAAAUGAAGGAUUUCCGGUUUUCCUAUAAGUUCAAAAUGGCCUGCAAGGAGGAUGUUCUGCGCUUGUGUCCAAACAUCAAGAAAAAAGUGGAUGUUGUCAUCUGCCUCAGCACCACAGUGAGGAAUGACACGCUGCAGGAGGCCAGGGAGCAGAGGGUGUCUCUGAAAUGUCGUAAACAGCUGCGGGUAGAGGAGCUGGAGAUGUCCGAGGAUAUUCGGUUGGAACCAGAGUUGUACGAGCCCUGCAAGUCAGACAUCAGUCGUCUGUGUCCCAACGUAGCAUUUGGUAACGCUCAGAUGAUUGAGUGUCUGAAGGAGCAGAAGAAGCAGCUCAGCCAGCGCUGCCACCAGCGGAUCUUCAGACUGCAGGAGGUGGAGAUGAGCGACCCCGAGCUCGACUACCAGCUCAUGAGAGUCUGCAAACAGAUGAUCAAGCGCUUCUGUACGGAAGCGGAUGCCAGGAAUGUGCUCCAGUGUCUAAAGCAGAAUAAGAACAGUGAGCUGAUGGAUCCCAAGUGUAAACAGAUGAUCACCAAGAGGCAGAUCACACAGAACACAGACUACCGUCUGAACCCAGUGCUGAGGAAGGCAUGUCGAGCCGACAUCCCAAAGUUCUGCCAGUCCAUCCUGAACAAAGCGAGCGAGGACGGUGAACUGGAGGGUCAGGUCAUCGCCUGCCUCAAACUCAAAUACGCUGACCAGAGAUUGUCUUCAGACUGCGAAGACCAGAUCAGAGUGAUUCUCCAGGAGUCUGCGCUCGACUACAGACUGGACCGACAGCUGCAGAUGCACUGCUCAGAAGAAAUCUCCAGAUUGUGCGCAGAGGAGGCGGCUGCCCAGGAGCAGACUGGUCAGGUGGAAGAGUGUCUGAAAGUCAACCUGCUUAAAAUCAGACAGGAAGCCUGUAAAAAGGAAGUCCUGAACAUGCUAAAGGAGAGUAAGGCAGACAUCUUUGUGGACCCGGUCCUUCACACAGCCUGUGCUCUGGACCUGAAACACCACUGUGCCGCCAUCACGCCGGGCAGAGGAAGACAGAUGUCGUGUCUGAUGGAGGCGUUACAGGACAAGAGAGUUCGCCUUCAGCCUGAGUGUAAGAAGAGGCUUCAAGACCGCAUCGACAUGUGGAGUUAUGCUGCAAAGGUGGCACCAGCAGAGGGCUUCUCAGACCUGGCCGUGCAGGUGAUGACAUCACCCUCCAAGAACUACAUCCUGUUCAUGAUCGCACUGAGUGUGUGCGUCCUGUUCCUGGUGGGGCUGCUGUGCGGUCGAAUCACCAAGCGAGUGACGAGAGAACUGAAGGACCGAUAGAGUACAGAGCGCCCCGAUGCUUCCGAAAGAACUGAGUCCUUAAACCUUUCCCUACCUUCCUCCUCCUCUUCCUCCUCCUCCUCUCUCAGAUACCCGAUCUGUAACCAGCCAGCCUGCACAGUGCCAACACCAGUGCCCAGCUCUGGAUCCCGUUACCCCCUCGAUGAAUCCUAAAAUCUCCCUUUGGACAUCUCCAAACUCUGCGAUAGCACCGGCUGUCUGAUUCAAGUGUUUUUCCUCAAUCAUGUUUUGUUUUGUGUUUUUUUUUCAACAAAUCUGCUUUCGCUGAGAAUCUUGUUUGAGUUUCUAACUAAGCGCUGUUCUUGAUGUGACUGAGGGCUGUUGCUUCUGGGGCUAGAAUUGCUUCCCCCCCACCCACCCCGUUCAGUCCUGACGCUUUAAUUUUUGUGAUAUUUAAUGGAGACUGGAGCAUGCAGCGCAACAGGAAACCGUUUCUUUGGAAGUGACUGCAGCAGCCUGAGUCGUUCAACUUUGUGGUUGAAUUCUGACAAGUUCCUGUUGCUUUGAAACAUUUUCUCAUCAGUCACAAAGUCCCAUCCUCUCUUCCUUCAUCUGGACCAGUUCAGAUCCAUCUCGCUUGUUACUGACUGAAAAUGAAGGUCCAGCUGUUCUCAAUAUUGUCAUUAACUGGAUUGUUCUGCACACAUGGUUUUAAAACUUAAUUUAAAUGCUAACUUCAUUGCACUUUUGUUUGUUUGUUUUUUAACAUUAUGCCUUAUUUAUUGUCUGAUUAUGUUUUAGUUUCUUUUGAGUUUGAUUGAUCUUUUAUGUUUUUUUCCCUGGAAAUCCAGCUAAAUACAGAUUUUGUAGUCUACAGUGAGACAUGCAGAGAAGUACAGCUGUGUAUGAUGGAGCUUUAAAAGUACUAAUUGUAAAAGGUUUAAAACCUUCCAAAGUUAACUAAAAUGUUGAGAAGAAUGUGAAGAAAGAACUGCUAUGACUUAGAGAUGUCAACUAGAGCUGAACUAGGACUGGACUGUACCUUUCAUGCAAUACUCAUUUGCGCCAUAAGAUGGUACUUUUGUUAAACCAUAGUAGCGAGGCAAAAAGCAAAACCUCUUGAGGAAAUGAGCGGGUAACUAAGGCCUUUGUCAUAGGCUUCAACACCAGUCAAAGACUUUCUGGUAACCGGUUGGUGAAUGGUUUCUAUAGGUUACUGGCAGUCACAAUGAGGUCCUGGCCCAAAAGCUUACUUUGUGUUGCGGUCACUAGCAGAAUGCUGCGAUUGCCCAGAGUAUUUGCCAACUUGUCUGCAAACUCUUGAUAGCUAACCACAAAGUGGUAGUGAAACUUGGAAAAGUGUAACACAAACAGGAAACGGAACCCAUUUAUCUUUAAAGUAAAAGUUGUGCGUAACCAUUGAAACCAACACUUUUCAAGACGCAACAUUUACGUCUUGAAGGUGAUUGAUUUCUGUCUGUGGUCUGCGUGACACUCUUUUACAUUUUACAGCCACUUAGUUUAGGGAGUUUUUCCUUCCCACUGUCGCCAAGUGCUUGCUCAUAAGGAGUUGCCUGAUUGUUGGGGUUUUACUCUAUAUUGUAAGGUAAAGACCCUACAAUAAUAUAAAGAUCCUCGAGGUGACCGUUUUUGUGAUUUGGCACUAUAUAAAUAAAAUGUAAUCUUUAAAAAAAAAAUUGCGACUAUUUGGGGAGUGUUUGCAGACUUUUGUACAAACUGUACAGCACUGUAUGCCUCUUUACAACCAAUUUCAUCUAGUGACAGCAACAUACAGGAACAAUUCCCCCACUUAAAUCUAAACUUCAACAACAGAACACGUCCAUCCACAUUUCAGCAGACCUGCUGGUAAAGCACUGCCCUGUUGUGGUCAAAGAAAUCUUUUUCAAAAAUUUGUGAUGUGGUUGAAUGGUAUUGGUGAUGUACAAGAGAACACCAUUAGUUACUCACUCCCAUUAAAACCACUAAAGAUGGAUGUUGCCCUUCGUUUUGUAAAAUCCUGUUUUGACUGGAGUAUUUUAAACAUCCUCAUCGUCUUGGCAAUUUGAAACCAGACAUCAUGAGACGUCAUCCCCUGUGGACUAUUAGCAAAGUAUUAGAGCUAAUAUUAACUGAUAAUAUCAGUCAAUAUUAACUAUUUACCGAUGUAUUGGUAUUGGCACUUAUAAUGCUCGAUAAAUUAAAUGUAAAGUACCAACAGGAGAGAAACCCUUCAACCAUUUAACGAGUGAGUCUUUUGAGUGUUGACAUUCUGUAGUUUGUCCACCAGAGGGCACUCUGCAACUUUGGUGUUGACAGCAUGUGUUUGGAGCGCCACAAACACAACAACCUGCUGGCCUGAGAAGAGUUGGGAGUGUAAACAAGUAAAUAAACUACAUGCAGCAAAUGUUAGGGAAAUUUGUUUAUGCUUUGUUUAUCAGAAAGAAAAAUAUCAGCAGGUAUAUUGGAAUAUCAGAGUUUUAAAUGGACAAUAUCAGAAUUGGUAUUGGUCUAAAAAAAAAACCCUAUAUCUACAAAGAAUGUUUCCACAUGGGCUUCCCUUUGAGACCAUCUUUUAUCUACAGUCUAUCAAAACCACAGUGGUUUCCGUUGCUGGGUCAUGUCUUAAACUUAAAACAUGAACCAGCACUGUCUAAAACUGAUACAUUUAAAAGUAGUAGUGAUUUAAAAGUGUAUUGGUCAUGGCUGCAGUGGGUGUGUCCUUUGCAUCAUAGAACCUCAGAACUGGGUCAGUAACUUUUCCACCCAAACGACAACUGAUGAGCAGCGUGAGAGUUUUAUGUAGUUCUCCUAAUGUAGAUUUUGCAUUAAAGAGCUCAAUCAAAGCUAAAUAAUGUUGACAUCAAAAUCCCGUGACUAUGAAUCAUUGAGUCUUUUUUUUUAUUUGAGCCAUGCAAAUCAUUGCUUUGCAGUUAAAUAACAUGAAAAGAUCCAAACAUUUAGCCUUUUUCUUCUUAAAAACGGUAACAAAUGUUAACUUUUGCACUUUAUCUGAUGUAAGUCACAUCUACAUAGCCUCAUUUAUUAAUUUCUGAAAAUAUUUUUCAACAUUAACCAAAUUUGUUUUUAAACAAAUCCUUUGCAGCUUUUUGUGGUGAAUUAUUUCCCAUGAGUGAUAUAAAAGCAGUCAUAAAGAUGAAUAUUGUGCAACAAAUGCACAAGAUUUCUGCUCAUUAACAAAAAGUGAACACACUCUGAGAAAUGGGAAAAAUAUCUUUUGGCAGGAGACAACGCUGCUUUGAGCGUUUCUCAACAACCUUUUUGUUUCCGUGUGUGUCUGAAGUCAGAUGUUGAAUAAGAGAUUUGACAGAAAACUAAAAACCGCUAUCAAAACCAGUUUUGUACGGAAGUCUCCAUGUGGACAAAUUUCAUCGCUGUGCAGUUUUGUUCUUUUUGGAAUAUGCCAUGUAUUAUGAAAAUGUAACAUCUAUCAUUGUGAGAUUUGAUUUUGCUGUACAGAUAAAAUUUGUUGAUUUAAUAAAAAUGUGUGCAGAUUUUCAUA